AACAGAGGUUUGGGGCCACGCGGCGGCACCAGUCCGCUCCUCUCAAACCGCGAAACACGUCCCGGCGCCCUCGAGGACGAGAAUCGCGAGUGGCCAGCUCUCUCUUUCUUUCCCUCUCCCUCUCUGUCUCUAUGUCUCUCCAUUGAUUCUUUUACAUUUUUGUUUCUUACUACAAUUAACCGUGAAAGUAUACCUGUGAAGAGUAGUUUUCGAAGGAGUUCCUGUAUCGCGCGUUCAUCCGUAUCUCCGGAAGUUGUCUCUUGGUAUCAUGAUCCUCUAUCGCUCGUACGGGCCCCCCGACAAUGACGACGGCAACGAAAGGAUCACGACGACGAGCACGACGAUCCUGACGUUCCGUUCGUCGACGAGAUUCAGCGAAGCGUAGGGCCACCGUAAGUGCGUGUCGUACAGAGGAAGACAACUUUGAGUCACCGGAACCGGCGUGUGCCACAGUUACACGGUAAUUAACGCGUCUUCGAAGUGCUAAUGUCUAUACACGUGUCUCCGUGUUUCGUUCGACGUCCCGAUUCAGUGUUCCCCUCGAAGAGGAGAAGAAACUUUCGAAAGACACUCGUUUCUGCUGAAGCACGAUAGAUGCCUUUGUUCCAGAGGAAGUUGCAAGUAGGAAGACUUACCGGAGAAGUGUUUCUGGAAGGAAGCUAUCAGGUUUGCAACUUCUCCGAUACGAAGUGAGCAACCUUCGAAGUUAAUUAGCCAUCCAACGGAUCGACCUUUUCGUUACGAGCCCGUUGUGAAUGUUAGUGCCACUUCGUUAAUUGCAAACAAAUAGACCGUUAUCAACAUCGUCUUGCAAAUUGCAUACGACGAUCUGUUGGAAUCGUAGUUAGUCGGUUUGUCGAGACGUAAAUUUACUCUUCCGGUAGAUUGGUGGAAAUUAGCCCGCGCGCGUGCGAGUUUCGAGUCGACGAGGGUACGUUACUCGAGGACACGACCACGGCUGUUCAUUAAGUAUUAAUCGUUAACGAGUCACCGGCGGUUGGCGGUUCGUUAGCUACUUAUACUUCGGUCUUUGAAGGAAUUAAAGUUUCUGUCAGUGUUCAACGGUGUCUGAUAGCUGUCCCCGGCGAUUUUAACGAGAACUCGAGGCUCGUUUUACACAGGGACACGUAUCUUGUAUUCCGGUCGAUCUAUCGGUAAACGGCGAUCGAACCUCGAUUAAUUAAAAGUUUUCCACUUGCCCGCGAAAUUCCGUUGUUUUCUCGUUAUACGAGGCGUUCCGCUUGCGAAGAGGGUCGGAGGAUUUGUUCAGAGGCGAAGCCAAUAAAUGGAUCGAAGAUUCUUCCGGUGGAGUUUCUAUCGAAGAGGUAAACGCCGGAUCGAAUUGAACAUAGAUCUGGUAUAAGUUGAUGAAACGAAUCGUUCGGAAAUUCGGGGAGGAGAGGGGCAGGGGGAGGGAGAGGGGGAGAAGGAGGAAACUCUUGCUAGCCAUCCAAUUAACCCGCCUACGAUGCGUUCGAAAGAAACUAAAAGAAAGAAAAAACAGAUCAAUUCGAAACCGACCGGUAUCGCCGCUUGCCGUCAAAAUAGCUAAACUUCGUUAACGAGAAACUCUGUUUCCUCGAUUCCCAAGCCGGGACCUGGGCUUUGUGGAACGACCGCCCGGAGAAUCAGCUUUCUUAAGCUUGAAAAGGGUAAACGUCGCCGCCAUCCUUUCGUGGGAUCCUAUUUACCCGAAGGAAUCCCCGGUACGCGGCUAAAAUUGCCUCUCCCCGAGCUUUACGUCAAUUAUCUUUCGAAGAUUGCCGGCGUGGAACGACGCGUAGGAGCGUUGCUCGUGCGAGUCGCGCGCGCGACCGAUCGAGACCCGAAACAGACGCGCGCGCUCUGAAUUUUCCAGCUGAAUCUUGUCGACGGAUAAUCCGGACAUUUCCUUCCGUCCCUCGUUCGUUUCCGUUCGAAACAAGUCCCUGGCGCGCCUUUAUAUCGAGAACGCAUUCUUAUUCCCGCCCCCACCUCCCAUGAAAGAGAAUCGUCCUUUUCACCUUCCAUCCCCUGCUCGUCGUUUCGUUGUUCGUCCGAUCGAACACGCACGUUCCAUAAUAUUCGACGUUUGUUAAAGGGGGGACAAACGUUCGCGACGCAUCGUUCAACGAACCGGUCGGGAAGAGGAAGGGAAAACGCACGAGACGCUGAACAAGGAAAAUAUCGAGGGAGAAGCACGAAACUGUUUCGAACGUGGAGGCAUCGAUUGGCUACGAUCGAUAUCACGGAAGAGAAAGAAGCUUCGUUCUGUUCGUGGUGAAGCUCUUUCCGCUUGUCUCUCCGAGGAACGAUCCCUUACGGGGCUUAUACGGGUUUAUACAUGGUGUAUUUAAUCGCCGAAUCAAGACGCUGAUUCAGUUUCUCGUUUAUCGCGUUAUUCUGGUGAAUGAUCGACCAUGGGAGAAGAGUAAACCGGAACGCGGAUGUAUGCAGCCGGUUUCACGUGUUAAUUAAGGAUCAUCCAUUUACGGUGACUGCAGUGCUAGCGUUUUCUCUGUGCUAAGUAAACUGUUCCAAAUUGAACGUAUCCACGGAUGGGAGGACCGAUUAGCCUGGACUGAAUUAUUUUCGGGUUUAAUUGUGAGUCUCUUAAUUGGACCCUAAGGAACGAUAAAUCCGUGUGGCAGAAGUAACGGCUGCUGGCUACCACACGGAAGGCUCUGUACGCUGAGCGAAGCUGUAAACGCGUGCAUGGGAUUCUAACGUCAGAUCCUCUGAAAGAUGCGACGACUCGUUAAAGCCGUCUAGUCGAAGCGACGAAACCUUCCACGUCGAAAUCGUUCGAAUCCCAACAACUACUAUCGUAUUCCUGAAACGAACUAAGGAAACACGGAUAAUCAACGCAAAGAAACUCGCGAAGAAGACAAUUGAAGGAGGAUAGACAUCGUAGAUAUCCGUGUAUACAUCAACGGAUCUCUUGUUAGAUUUAAAAAAUGAGAGAUAAGACGAAAAUCGGGAGGAGAAAACGCGGCGUCGACGGAUCGACGACCUGAUAGGACCGGGUCUCUGAUUGAAUGAGCGCGCGAAGCUGGCUGCGCGUGCCACGAAAAAUGAACGAAAGCGCGGUCUACCUGCUCGGAUCGGAAGAAGAGGCAAACGUAUCGAGUAAUCAAUUGAAUCGAAGUUUUUACAACGCGAGUUUUCCGCCCCAGAACCGUACCUACGAAGAUCUCUGGAACCUUGCCACCGAUAGGGCCGGUCUAGCGAUACUCCUGUUCCUGUUCUCGGUCGCCACCGUGUUCGGUAACACGCUGGUUAUUCUGGCGGUGGUGAGGGAGAGGUAUCUCCACACGGCGACCAAUUAUUUCGUCACGUCAUUGGCGUUUGCGGACUGUUUGGUCGGACUAGUGGUGAUGCCGUUCAGCGCGAUUUACGAGGUGCUGGAGAACCGUUGGCUGUUCACCACGGACUGGUGCGACGUCUGGCGUUCGCUGGACGUCCUCUUCUCGACCGCGUCGAUCUUAAAUCUCUGCGUUAUCAGCUUGGAUCGUUACUGGGCAAUCACCGAUCCGUUCACCUAUCCGAGCAAAAUGAGCAGGAAACGUGCCGCCAUCCUGAUAGCCAUCGUGUGGGUCUGCUCGAGCGCGAUCUCCUUUCCAGCCAUCGCGUGGUGGAGGGCUGUACGCACGGAGGAAGUGCCAGAGGACAAGUGUCCGUUCACCGAGCACCUGGGUUAUCUGAUCUUCUCGUCGACCAUCAGUUUCUACUUACCUCUGUUCGUGAUGGUGUUCACCUAUUACAAGAUCUACCGGGCUGCCGUGUUCCAGACCAAGAGCCUCAAGCUCGGUACCAAACAAGUUAUAAUGGCCUCGGGUGAAUUGGAGCUCACUCUGAGGAUACAUCGAGGAGGCGGAACAAAUACCGACGCCAGGCACCUGUUUCGCACCGCUUCGAGCACGCCCGAAGAUCUUCAGGAUCUCGAAGAGCCUCUGACAACCAUGCACAACAACUGUUUAACCAGAGUGCCCUCGACAAGGAUCAAUAAGCAGCAUCGGGGAAACAAUUUCUCUUUGUCGCGCAAGCUGGCCAAGUUCGCCAAGGAGAAAAAGGCAGCCAAGACUUUGGGCAUCGUGAUGGGUGUCUUCAUCAUCUGUUGGCUGCCGUUCUUCGUCGUCAAUCUCUGGUCAGGCUUUUGCUCGCAGUGCAUAUGGCAAGAGAAAAUCGUAUUCGCCGCGGUCACAUGGUUGGGUUGGAUCAACAGCGGUAUGAAUCCGGUGAUAUACGCCUGCUGGAGCAGAGACUUUCGUAGAGCAUUCGUGAGGAUCCUGUGUGCCUGCUGCCCGGGGCGAGUAAGGCGGCGAUAUCAGCCGGCAUUCAGAUGUAAACCAAGUCAAUACGUUUCCGGAGCGAAUACCAGCGGCGAGGCGAGCCGCGUCAGCUACAGUAGCGUUAGUCAAAGCAGCGAUGGUGGUGCUGGAACUAUACUACCCAGCGGCGGGAUGUGACGACACACGGGGGCCCGGUCUGGGCCUCGACGAGAACGCGCCAUCCGUUUCCGGGACACGUGAUUGUAGGUUCGCUUAUGGAUAGAUUUUUUCAUCAUUUUGUCUCGGAAGUACUCGUUUCAAAAGUAGAAUCGAGCCAAGAGACGAGGAAAACCAAGACGACCGUUCACCGGCCCCCGUGUGUGCUUCCGAUAGAACAAACCGUGGAUCUCGUCGUGGAUAAGGAUAUAAGGAUAAGCGACGUGUUUCCGUUCCUCCUUAUCGUCGAGCUUCAUCGGUGACGAAAUGUGGACCACGAAGAAGCGUGACGCGCGACCCGCAACAAUUUCCUGUAUAGAAAAAGCAACAGUAAUCUCGCGUUUUGUACCUCCGGCGAAAGAUCUGGUGAAAAUUGAAUUGCGGGGAAGGACAGUACCGUAUAUCGAGUCAGAUGGCUCGUUACCGUUUUUACGUUCGGAUACCUUCGAUACUUUGUAGCCUUUUAACGAACCUCCGUACACGGAAUCGUAAAUCGAGCAGCGGCGAUGCGCCGUUGGUUACACGGCGAGUUUAGCGUAUCUUUCCUCGAUUCCUCGAUUCCUCCAUCUCAAUGCACCAAGCAAAUCGUAUACCGUUUUCUUUCGAUACAAUUAAAUCCGUUACCGUUCCCUGGAGAUCGUGAGCCGAAUUUCGAGAUAGAAAAUACACGAUAAUACACUUUGUUCCUGUGUGCGUUGCGCGUUUAGAAGACUGACGAUUGAACGUUUGGAAACGUUUAACGUAAUAUGAGAUUGAUAUACUUUGAAUUUCCAGGGACCGGCGAUCUCUCGUGUCGGUGCAUUGACAGGCGACUGUAUGAACGAAAAGUAUGCACAAAGUUAAAAUAACGAGGAACGAAUAUUACCGCUCGAAGCUGCCUGUCGAUCAACAAAGAGAAAACAAAGGGAACACGUGAAAAAAAUAGAAUACUUGCGAAAAAUUAACAGCGUUCCCUCGGAAAAAAUUGUAUUCACCUGCGAAAAUUCAAUAUGCGCGUACCUACUGUACCGCUCUUCCAGUAACGUUGAUCGCUAAAUACACAUACUCGAAUGGAUUCGGUGUGGUAACCACUGUCUAGAUUGAACGAAAGUUAAUUUAAAGUUUCCUCGACCGACACAAGACUGACAAAAUCGAAAAGUAUUUUCCUCGAAUUGACGAACAGGAUUCUGCGAAACUAAACUGAUACCAAGGCCAAUGUAACUUAAUCGAUGAAUAAAAUAACAAAGUUAUAGUCUGGUUAAUGUUUUAAAAAAGCACGAUUUCAAAUUCACAAACGUUGAUCGCCAAUUUCAAAAAGUAAAAAUAAAUAGUUUGAUUCGGUUGGAUAUUAAUUGAUCGAAUUAAGCUCUGUAUACAUAUUGUUAAUUUAAAUACUCCAAAGUCGUUUCCUCCAUUCAUAAAAUCUAUUCAACGUAAUACAUCGUAUCGGACAAUCUUUAUUCGAUAGAUAGAUACCUCUACUUUCACUGGCGGAUAUUUUUGCAGAGCGAUUAUUUAUUUUACAAAGAUUAUCUUAACAUAGGCAUUUGUUGUUGUACAUAAAACGAUUAUCGUGCAAUUGUAAAUAUUAGAACAUUGUGACAUCAACUUAUGUGAAACGUAUAUAAUGUAUGAGAAACUGUAACAAUGCGUGUAUCGGUAGGAAUAUAUACAAACGUUUUCUCGGGUAAAAAAUAUAUUCAAUAUUAAUUCAAUAAUCCUAUCUCACUAAAGAAGAAAAAAGAAACUACGAAGAAAAUCAGAUCGAACAUUCGCUAUUCAUGAAAAGUUAUGUCAUCUGCUUGUUUUAGCUGUGACAUAUUAACUCUUUGCAUGUAAAACUAAAAAUCUGAAUAUUGUACGAUACAAUAGAAGAAAGAAAAGAUUUAAAAGGUGUUAAUGUUAAAAUAAACAAAUGUUUUACCUCGGAUUUCAAACCAACGAAAACUAGUCUAGUCUUGUACCAUCCAAUAGUGAUUAUGCUGUUUUCUUGUAAAUCCAUUAAGUUCCGUUUUCGAAGCAACAUUUUAUAUUAUAGUUAUUUUCAUUUAUAAACUUUCAAAAUCACGGUAUAAGAACGUCUGCUAACAUAAUCCCUUUCAUUUUAGAAAAUUCGUUCGCACGAAGAAAAUAGCGCGUAAUUGGUUGGCGUCUUAACAAGUCUAGUCAUUGUACAUACUGUACUGUAAGUUCGUUGAAGCUCGAAAAUUUAAUAAAAAAGAAAAAGAUGGAACAAAUAAUCAGAAAAGAAAAUCGUAAAUCCCGCUCUAAAAGUGUUUUUCACAGCCUUGAAUAGAGGGCGCUUUGUAUAUAUUAGAAAUUUGAGCGUCAAAUUCAAACGCUAUUCGUAACUUUCUACUUGUAAAACUCACGUCAUUGAUUCAAGCAUAUACAUAUUCUUGCUGUGUUAAAAAUGCAUGAAAUAAUAGCAAAUUCUUAAUUAAUCCGUAAUACUUUCGUUGGAAAACACUGUUUUCACAAAGUAUUUCUAUAUGUACACGCAACUUUUGUUAUUCAGAAACUGGAUACUACGUUUAAUAGUACACUAUAAAAACUUGCAUUUCACAAACUAUUACCAAAUCAUCAUACAUAUAAGCAUGAACGAAGAGAUUGAACGAAUGUGAAUGCGUAUGCAUUACGCAUUAUAUUGUAUAGACUAAGAAUUCCCUGGCCUGUACACAUAAUAUAGAGAAUGUGAUGAAUCGUCGUCAUAUUUAAUUUUUAAGAGAUAGAUAACGUGCAUACUCGAAAAGUAUCAGUUCAUAUACAAGAGUCACAUUAUCAAGACCACUUAAGUACCUUCGAAAAAAAUGUGUCUAUCAAUAUGCUGUCCUUUAUAAUAAAAUGGAAAUGAGAAAGA